GAAUGUUUUGGUCCUCGCCUGCCUCCCAGUCCACUAUCGAUGAGUUACUAGAUCAGGAGGAUUUGACCAUCCAGAAGCUUUUGGAUGACGACAAUAUCCUUCAGAAGUGUCAUGAAAAGGAUCCCCGCUUAACCGAAUUCCUUUGCCGUGUUGAAAACGUGGAAUAUCUUGUAAAUCAAAUCACCACUCCUCCUAUUUUCAAUGACUUUGACUCAGAUCUCUAUCGUCACCCAAGUCUGGCAUGUGAAAUAAUGACGUGCGAUAUCGGUCUGCUUUCCGACAAAUUAGUUCAAGCAGAAAGGACUCUUGCAUCAGACCAAAACAGCCCAUGCACUCUGUCUAUUCGCGGUGAUAUGGCAGUUGAUUCUUCUGCUGUGUGCGCCUCUUCGAAUGAAUCCUUGUCAAACAGUGACAUGAGCACUUCCUCGGUAGCCAAUGUCUCUGCGCUAUCAGAUUCCCGAAAUCUGGAUGCUUCCUUUUGUUCGACCCAGAGCCGCCCACUGUUAGAUCGCUUUUUUAAUACGCUUCGGGCUCCAUUAAAUCCACUUUCUGCCAGUUUUUUAUGCCGGAUCUUGGUGCAUUUAUCUAUCCAUCGGGGACAAAUAGUCAUUCCCUACAUGAGGGCUUUUCCCAACCUCUUGGGAUUCAUGUUAUCCCACUUUGACCUCAGCGUCCUGCCCGAUGUGCUAAUUCAGCUGGCGCAACAAGAACGAGGAUUCCAGAAGUUUAUUUUUGAGUGGUUCAGAGAGGACAACCUUGUAUCCCGCCUUAUCGAGCUAUUCUCUCCAACGAAUCCUUCCGAAGUGCAUGAAUCGGCCGCGCACUGUUUGGUGCAGCUCAUCAUCACGUUACGCAAUUACAUACACAACAAUGCACCACCCAACCGCGAAGCGAAUGCCACGUUUGACACUGGCUUGCCUCCAGCCAGUCCCUACGCCAUGCUACUGGAGGACGAUGGGACUUACAAUGCUGCCGUCCGCCUGUUGGACGUGUUAGAAAGCGAGGACAGCUUGAACGCGAUUUUAAACCAUUUGGCGAAUGAGGCCACUGUGACCACAUCAAUCGCCAUCAACUGCAUUGAUGUAUUGACUACUGUGAUGGAUAAACGAAAACCAGAAACCGGAUUCCCCCCCUCUGAACGUGGCCCCGGAAUGGAUCUCGACCAAAUCCUUGGUCACAUUGGGAAUCCGUCCCAACCUCACCCCGGCCGCGACAGCCACACAAACGUGAGCGGUGAUACUCCACACGAAGGAGACCAAUCGGAUUCGACUGAACAAGUUCGUGUGGCCCAGGCUUGUUCCAAUUUGGCCAAAGCAUGCUUGCCCCGGCUACACCACCUUCAUGUUCUGCUGCAACGACCUCAUCCGCAAGCUUGUAAUCGCAUGUGCACAACAUUUGGGACACUGGACCCACCUCUCGGGACACUUCGCUUCAUGUUGGCGCAGUUCCUGACUCUUUUGGUAUCCCUUCCACCAGAGACCGGCCUCGCACAAGGGCUGAUCAAAGAGGGCAUCGUUAAAACAUUAAUGGACUUGUUCGAGCAUUAUCCGUUCAACACACUCCUUCAUCAAGCGGUCACUGAGUUGGUGCUGACUUUGUUUUAUCAUGCCCGGGUGAUUUCGUCGAAACACAGUGGAAAGAAAGAACGCCAACAGGAAUCACCAUCAGAACAACCCUCUCAAACCAGUUCAGAGGCGAAAUCGACCAACUCUACGUCUGAUGACAAUCGGAUGGAUGUCGACGUGCAGGCAACCGAUGAAAGUCGUUGCAUGGACCAUGCGUUUGUUACGAUUGUAAAGGAUUACGGCAUCACAGACUGGUGCUUGCGACUUUCUAGAGCCUCCAUUGACCCGUCCUCCAAUCCUGCAUUUAAUCCCGCGGAUAAACAAACCCCAAAGCCCGGUUACACCGGCCACCUGUGGCGGUUAGCCAACUCAAUAGAAGAUGCCCGUAUUGGGCCGCGACGCGAUUUUGUUCUCAAAGUUUUUCGGACUCUCAGUCCUACCUCCCUGUCCGCUUGGGACGAGUUUGUUUCGAACCAUUUGGCUAAGAUAAACGCUCAACAAGUUGCUGAUGACGUCGUAAUUGAGAACGCAGAACAAAAGAAUUGCGCUUUGCGGAUGUUACUACAACAGAAUGUGAGCAGCUGGCUUUCACAGUCUUCCUCACUCCUCAGUUUGUCGUCCACUGUCGGCGGCUCUGGAAAGCUUUCCUUACUUCUUGGUCCACUGAGUUUUGGGGCUACCUCAGGUAGCACGGCUUGUAAUGCUACAUCAGGCGACCAGCUAGAUCUUAGCGUUCGCACUCAGUUUGACGCUAACGCCGUAGAUGUCGAUGACCCAUACUUGGAACCGAACGAAACCUCCUCCAAUUUGUGGAUGCAUACCGAUGAUGCUUGCGGACCACGCCAAGGCUCCUCUUUGUCUGUUAUUGGACUGGGUGAUUCACAAAAUCUGAUGGAUCUUAAUCCGGACGGCUUUCGAUGUGCUCGCAUCGCCAGUGUGAGCAGCGAUGAGAGUGAACCAGACGAAGAUCCUCACGCCAGACUUGGCUGCCAUGACAGCGACGCGGACGACGAGGAGGAGGAUCUUCAUUCACCUAUGAUUAUUAAACAGCAACGUUCUGGAGAUUCCCUGACUCAGCCCAUCAUCGCCUCCACUACUCCAAUCAGUCCUUGGGAUUAUGGGCAGUCGGCUGCUGCAAUGGCAGAUACAUCCACGGAUAAUCUCUACGCAUGGGCUAAUUUUGACGACGAUCCUUCGAAAGUUUUAGUGGAUCCGGGUCAGUCUGAUGAUCGUGGGUCUCGCGAUAAUUCACCACUCGCUUCCUCGCCUAACGGGCUCUCUGAGAAGGAUCACAGCAGUGCAGCACAGAAGGCUCCCACCGCUGUCGACGUCUCUGUCUCAUUUGCAAGCGAUGGGCAGCACAGUCCUUCUAGAAAAUCAAUGGCUUAGUGAAUUCCACCCCCCUUGUCUAUCGUGCUUGCUGCUAUCGCAUUCCAGUGGUGUAGAUGAGAUGAUUCGAGCUCAGCGCCCUUUGGCGAACAAUCCAUUCAUGUCCCACUUCCUUCCUUCUCCCCUGACCCGCCCCCUUCUUCAGAUCCUGCAACAGCAUCCCUCUUUGGCUAUGUGCUUUGGCAUCCCUCUUCUAUACACACACGUUGCUCAUUCUCGCUUGACUGUUACUGACGCUAUGACAGUCCCGGUGGAGCUACUUUCCUUGAUAUCUCUCCUCGUCUCUGUUAAUUGUUUGCACCGCAUUCUCUCUAUUCUCCUUCUUUCUACUUGUUCAUCUUCACUUUUCCAUCUACCUUACCCCGUUAUCUUCAGUAGUAUUCUUCGCAUUAGGGCAAACCUGUGCGCAGUUUUUGUCUGGAAUUCGCCUUGUCAGUAUCGGAGCGUGCUCAGACGCUAUCUGAUGCACUUUUGUGUAUAUUUAAUAUCCGAUGGUCAUUUGUUGAUCUCACUGGUUGUACUCGUGCGACGAUACUCAUUUCUAUCAAAACUGCUCCUGUCGG